AUGAAACAGUCAUUUGUAGAUUUGCAGUUCCCAAAUGGGCAGUUAACGUAUGUAUCUGGUGAGGGAUUGACGACAAGUGUGUUUGUUCCUUUAUGUGGUGGUCUUCUUCAAGUGCAAGGUCAAUAUCCAGUCAAUAUGCGGUUUAGUUUCUCUUGCAAGACUAAACAAGGAACACUUGUGUGCUCUACAUUUGGUGGAAAUAAUCCCAGGAUGAAGACUGAGGUUAUUCACUCGUUGAACGAUAACAUCAAUAUGAUAUGUGGCUGCGACUGCGCUCUAACCGCUUAUCCUUCAGCAUUUGCAUCUGUUUCCUUUGGUUUGUCCAAGUUGAAUGGGAACAUAGGACGAAGCGGAAUAGUUGUUAGAGCUGAUACUCCUCUUGGAAGCGUUGGUCAACCUUCUUUCUCCAUCCAGCUUAACAAUGCUUUCAAGUUCUGA